AAAACGCGAAUAACAGCGAUAUGCUGCAUUUGUAGAUGUCGAAGGUGGCGGUGGAAGUCAUCCUCAGAAAUAUAAGGUGAAUCCAAUCGGACGUGACUGUAAAGGUAUAGUCUUCUAAAUACGUCGGAGUUUUCGUUUUACAACAGUGUUUGUCAGGUUAAGAGAUGAGCACGCUGCUGUUUGUUGAUCAGGAGAACUUGGGGCUGGGGCUGCCUCCCACCAAGGACCGCCUGCGACUGAAGUCUGCACCUGAGCUCCAGGCAGACCGGGUGUUCAAGACGCCAUGCACGCCCUUCACACCCCUGCCGCGGCCUGCGCUUGGCUUCCUGAAGAAGGCUACACACACCCCAAACACACUCAGCUCCCUGAAGGCCACACACACCCCAAAUGUGCGCCUUAAGAGGGACUCUCACCUGCGUUGUCGUGAGAGGGAGGCUCCGCAGCACGUUGAAGAUGAAGCGCCGGACAUGGAGAGCAUGUUCCCCUACAGACCCGACGAGUUUGAGCAGUACGGCCUGGCGGACGGCGUUGUGUACCUGAAUGCUCUUCCACUCGCUGGAGUACCACGACUGCCAUGGCAACCUCUGAUUCCAGAUACUGAUGACAUCACCUUGGAGCCUUGUGAGCCUCUGGCCCCCUUCCACACAGAGGAGCAUGGGACUGAGUUGGAUGAUUUCCUGCUGACACUUGAUGAGCUGGUUGUUGACCUCCCACCCCCUCCAGAGGAUCAGCCUGACCUUUGACCUCUGCCAUUGGGGGGUUGUGUGUACAGUUGCAGUUUUGGCCUGCCUCUUCCUGUUGUGAUUUUGUACAUUAUGUGACGUGUUAAAUAAAGUUCCCAGUUUUUAAAA